AUGUCCGACCAAGAAUGGAAGCCCAAAAUGCGUCCUCAAUCGACGAUGGCGCAAGCAUUCUCAUCCGCCCUGGACAGCGCAUUCAUGCUUGACUCCGACAUCGCGAACUUGUCGCAAACCGUCGAUCAGAAGAAACAACAGAUGAUGAUCCAGAAUCGAGAACUAGAGGAGCUUCAAAAUCGCAUCCGCGAGGCAGAACAACGCCUUCAAUCCCAGAAGGCUAGCAUUCAAGGCAGUUCGGGACCACAGGCUUCCCAAGGACCCACCGAGCCUGAGCAGCGGGCCAACAACUGA